GGUACCCUGGAGGAUGGUCGGAUCAUCGACUCCUCCCUGAGCAGGGACCCACUCCAGGUGGAGUUGGGCAAGCGUCAAGUCAUUCCAGGUGAGGCACUGACAGUCUCACUAUGCAGGGAGAAGCGAAGAGCCAUCAUCCCCCCUCACCUGGCCUACGGCAAGAGGGGCUCUCCCCCCAGCAUCCCAGGUGACGCGGUGCUGCGGUUCGAGGUGGAGCUGGUGGGGCUGUCCCGGCCCACCUACUGGCAGAAGGUGGUGAACGAGGUGGUGCCCCUGCUGUGCCUGGGGCUGGUGCCAGCGCUGCUGGGGCUCAUCGGCCUCCACCUGUACCGCAAGGCCAACAGCCCCAAACUCUCCAAGAAAAAGCUGAAGGAGGAGAAAAAGAACAAAGCCAAAAAGAAAUAA